GAUUUUGCAAAUAAAAGUUUUGAAAAAGUUUGUGCUAAUAGAUAAAUAAAGAGUGGAUAUACUGAUAAAAAAUAAAAAAUAAUUAUUUUAUUUGUUUUUAUUAAUUACAAUAAAAUACAUACAUAAAUAGGUAAUAAACUAUCCACUAUAUUUAUAAAAAAAGAGUUAGAGUAGAUAAAGUAGGAGAAAUUUAAUAUGAGCUAUUAUACUCCAUUUUCUAAUAACUAUAACGUUUAGAAUAUAUACGAGUCAAUAUAGAAUUCUACUGUAUUCAGCCCAUAAAAAAGCUAUGCAGCCCCAAUUUCUAGCUAAUAUCGUCAAAACUAGUAUUCGAAUUAAAUAGAUUACACAAACAAAGGUGCUGCCUAUUUUAAUGGAACAAAUUCUCGUCUUUAAUCAUCAUUUGUUCCUGUUAGUUCAAUGCAAGACUCUAAAUAUUAUUAAUCAUAGCCAUAAGCAAGCGCUAUAGGAGGUACUUAUUCAUAAAAAGCAGCAUAUAAAAGCUAUGGAGAUAGCAAUAAUAAUUAUUUGAAUCCUCCUCCACUUAAUAACUACAAUAGCUCAUACUAAUAUGGAGGUAUUUAAAGACCACUUUCUACUUCUUAACUAUCUCCUUAAAUAGGUAUAAGCAGAUUUUAAGAUUAAAAGUAAUAUGGAUUUUCAGAAGACAAAAAGAUAACUUAAUAUGUUGGGUCAUAUAUACGUGAUCCUACAAACGCAUAAACAAUCCCAUAUAGCAGAUAGGGUGAAGCUAAAAAAUUCGAUAGUUUUAACAUCAACGCAUCUUCUUAUCUUUAUAACAAUGGAUUAUAAAACUCUAUGAACAGAUUAGAUACAAUUUAAAGUAGAAGGGAAGAUUAAAUAAAUGUAUCAUCAUUUGCUAGGGCUGAGCCUAAUACCGAUUAUCUCAGAUAAAGUUUUGGUAAACCAAGCUAAUAUUAAAACGAAUUUUCUUCUUCACCUGAAUUUUCUAAAAAUGGAGCUAAAAGUUAAGUUUUGAUUUCAUAAUCUGGAAACGAAACCAGUAAAAGAGACUAAAAUUUCUAUUAUGAUAGCUACAUUACAAUAAAUGGACUUGGAACCUAUAAAAAAUAUCCUCUAAAAAUGAGAAAAAAUGCUUAAAAUUAAGAUGCUGACAGAAAUUAGCCAUAUUCUUCUAAUUAGGGAACUUUUGAAGGUGCAAAUUUUGAAAAAUCUUAGCAAAUUCAGUAGUCUUAUGGUGGCUAACAAAAUGAUAGUAAAGAUGAAUAAAAAAUGACUUAUUCAUAAUUUGCUGCUUAGUUAAUAGAAAUAUCAAAAGCAGAAGCUGAGGUUGAAAAUGCUAAAAAUUAGCUAAUUAAUUAAGCAGAUUAUAACAUUCCUUCUUUUUUCUAAAUAUUUGAUAAGAAUGCUGUUGGAAAAUUGUCUUUAUACGAUUUUCAAUAAGGAUAAAAAGGGAUUGGAUUAAAUCUAUCUCAGUUAUAGCUUUCCCUAAUUUUCACAAGAUACGUCCCAUCUGCUUCUGGUUUAUUAAUAUAUGAGGAUUUUGAAUAAAUGUGUCUGCCAUAACUCAAUAAUGAAGUAGGAAAAUAUGUAACUUCUAGAAGAGUAGUAGAGAGAAAUUGGAGUGAAUAAACUGUUGAUAUUUUUAGAAGAAUGCUUUAAUUUAUUUAUGAAAGCGAAAAUAUGAUUGACAAACUAAGGAAAAAGCUAUUUCAAAGCUCUACUAGAGUAGAUUAAUUUUUUAGAGAACUCAACAGUGAAAGAAAUGGUAGAAUAACUAUAUCUGAGCUAGAAAGAGCUUUGUAAAGAUUUAGCGACUCUCUAUCAGCUUAUUAAGUAGCUGUCCUCUUCUAUAGAAUGUGCUAAAAUAAGGCAAACUAUCUUACAUACGACGCAUUUGAGAGGUUCUGUUAUGGAGGAGAAGUAGGAAGAUCUGAGUUUUUAAAUAGCCUGAGCAGAAGCAAAGUAACUGAAAACACCUAUGGCGAAUAUAAAUUUGAAUAUACACAAUUUAAGCCCAGAAAUAAUUUCAGUAAAGUAAUUGAAAAAUUAAUAGCAAAUGCAAAUCUGGAAGCCGACAUUGAGUAAAUUUAAAAAUACCUCAUCACAAAAAGAGAUCUGAAGCUUCAUAAUUUAUUUGGAAUGUUCCGUCCUGAAAAAAAUUAUGUUGAUGUUUACAGCUUCACUUAAACUCUGAAAAAUCAAUUUAAUAUUCCUCUUGUAGACCCUACAGAUGUCGCACUACUCUUCAGAAAAAUAAAGGAUACAAACAAAUAACCUGAUUUAAUAGAUUUUUCUGAAUUUUGUAAUCUGAUUAUUCCUAAAGGUGAGUAACCUUCUAAGGAGAUUUUUGAUAAAGAUAGAGCAGGUGACUUAGAAUUUUACUCAGAAACAUUUACAUUUUUGCAAAAAUUAUUUAAAUCUCACUUAAAUAAUGAGGUCAUUUUUAAUGAAGUUAGACUUGAAAUAUAAACAAAAUCUAUAAAUUUAAAUGAUCUCUUUGACUUCUUAAGUUAAAAUAAAAGCUACUUAGAAAGACAAGAUUUCGACAGAACUUUAAAAGAUAAUGGAUCUCCUCAUAAUACUCGCUAUCAUGAUCUUAUAUUUUCCAGAUUUGAUCCUAGAUAUGAAGGCAUAACUAACUUUACAAUAUUCUCUCAGACAUUAAAAAUCUGA